AUGACCGUUUCUCAAGUUCGCCGAGUGGCCGUGAUCGGCGCUGGAAUAAGCGGAGUUGUUUCAACAGCCCAUCUUGUGGCUGCUGGAUUCGAAGUAACCGUGUUCGAAAGAAACCAGCAAACAGGGGGGAUUUGGCUGUACGAUGAACAGACACCAUUGGAAUGUUCUUUUCCUUCUCCUGAUCCUUCUUUAGCAGAUAGGGUAGAGAAAAACGCCAGAUUCGAUAGAGAGAAGCUUCGACUACAGCAUGCUCCUCCGGGACCAUGCUACAAAAAUCUCACAACAAAUGUAUCCACCCCUCUCAUGCGAAUAAAACUUCGCGCCUGGCCAGAAAACACACCAGACUUUGUUCACCACAGUGUCGUGAACGAAUAUAUCAGGGAUAUAGCACUGAGUACUGGAGUGGACGAGCGAACAAUAUACGGCGCUCGAGUGGAGCAUGUCUAUAAAAAUGGUGGGAGGUGGCAUGUCAAUUGGUCAGUACUGGACGAGAAUGGCGGUAUUGACGGUCUAGAAGAGAGGCUGCUGAUUUCUUCGCGUCUGGACAUUAUCAUUCACCUCACAUUCCGGACAUAUCUGGGUUAUCCGAAAACGCCGGAAGUCUACAGGGACGAGAUCAUUCAGAAUGUUUUGAUGAUUGGCGGAGGGGUAUCAUCGAUGGAUAUCUCGCGGGACCUUGGACCAUUUGCCAAAAUGAUAUUCCAGAGCACACGAAAUGGCGACGCAGAUCCACCUGCUCUCAUGCUUCCAGAUAAUGCAGUAAGAAUUGGCGAGAUUGAUCAUCUCGAACUGCUAUCUGGGACUGGUGACACGCUACCAGAGGGUGAUCCCUUGCCAUUAAUAGCCUGUCUGAAGUCAUCUCAACGAGUAUGUAAAAUUCACAAGAUCAUCGUUUGCACAGGGUAUCAAAUUGUAUUCCCGUUCCUUCCAGACUAUCACAACGAUUCAAUGCCGCUUCAGGAUGCUGAUGAUACUAUUCUUGUUACCAACGGGACACAAGUCCAUAACAUCCAUCGAGACAUCUUUUAUAUCCCAGAUCCGACUCUUGCUUUUGUCGGGAUACCUUACUUCAAUACAACAUUUACCCUCUUUGAAUUCCAAGCUAUUGCAGUGACAGCCGUCUGGUCCCGAACUGCAUGUCUGCCAUCAACAACUGAGAUGAGAAGGGAGUACCUGGUAAAGCAAAAGCAGACCGGUGGCGGGCGCAAAUUCCACUCGUUGAAAGAUAAAGAAAAGGAAUACGUCCGCGACCUUAUGGCGUGGAUAAACGAUGGAAGAAACGCACAAGGGCUUGUUCCUAUUGAAGGUCAUACGGCAGCUUGGUUUGAAGCUAUGAAUAAACUGUGGGACGAGGCGAGAGCGGCGAUGAAAGAAAGAAAGGAGCAACAAGAAAAGAUUAUCAGACGUAUUCCAUUUUCGGCUGAUUGCGCGGUUGUACCGUUUGGUUUUGAUUUAAAAAGAACACCUUGCCGGGCAAGUCCGAUUGUGAGAUAUAGCCCAAACGGCCUCAUUGUUAACGACCCAGCCCUGCUUCCAGUCAUUUAUAAUCGUCGCGCCAACAAGACAGAUUUCUACGCUCCUGUCUUUGAUACGCAUUCGACGUUUACCAGGAAGGACUAUAGGGAACAUGUCGCGUCAAGAAAGGCAAUUAGCCAUGCGUACUCGGUGACAAAUACUCGCUUAUUUGAGCCCCAAGUUGACGGUAUCCUGUCUGAGUUGAUCUCCCUGUUGAGUGAAUCGGCCAGCGAAAAGCGAUUGGUUGAUAUUAUGGAGUAUGGGAGUUGGUUUACCUACGAUGUCACUAGCCUGUUUGUAUGUGGUAAACCCUUUGGGUUUGUGGAGAAGCGUACAGACGUCAAAGGUCUUAUUCAGAACAAGAACAAAGUUCUUUUCAUAGUCUUCAUUAUGACCAUCCAGGAGAACCUCUCUUGGAUUGUCCGCAACACGCGUUUGGGGCGGCGGUAUCUCAUGCCUCACCCGACAGAUCAGUCGGGUCUUGGUGUUGUUAUGGCGGAGAGAGAUCGCAUCGUGGAUGCGGUUAUUGACAGCGAUGGCAAGGUUAAACGUCACCUCUUGGUAAAGGGGAGUCUUCUGAGCAGCCUUAUGGAGAUUCUCGGUACGGAAGGCUGUCCGCUCAGCUUGGUAGAUGUCAAAGCGGAGAUAUUCUUUGCCAUGCUGGCUGGAUCCUCUGUUACCCCGACCCAGCUCGCCCGAGUCAUCUUCCAUAUAUCGCGUAACUUCAAGGUCCAGGAGAAACUAUACGAAGAGCUUGUUGCAGCAGAACAGGACGGUCGAAUCCCACCUCUAUCCGCCAUUAUCUCGGAUGAACAGGCUCACAGACUCCCCUUUCUUUCUGCCUGUAUCAGAGAGGCUCAACGAUACGCUCCCACCAUGUCCCAACUGCCUCGUUAUGCGCCCGAGGGAACUGGGCUAGAAUUACACGAGCACUACGUCCCCCCAGGAACAAGUGUAUCUACCAGCCCGUGGAUCAUUGGCCGAAAUAAAGACCUGUACGGUGAGGACGCAAACUCGUUCCGGCCAGAACGAUGGUUAGAAGCAUCCCCCGAGGAAGAAAGACGAUGGGACCAUUUUUCCUUUCAUUUUGGAUAUGGAGCUCGGAAAUGCCUUGCGAAUAACUUCGGCCUGAUGCAGUUGUACAAAGUUGCUGCUGAGGUAUUUCGACGUUUUGAAGUUAGAGUUGAAGGGUCGAACGAGGAUACAGUCAGUGGAGGGCCACCUGCGAGUGCCAGGUUUCGCUUUAGUCGCAGAGAAAGAUCCUGGUCAUAA